UGUCAGCUUGUGCACACUGCUUUGGAUGGCUGUGCACAGCACAGCACAACCAUGCAAAGCAGUGUGCUUACAGCGAAGCACACGGACACAACACAUAGUAAAACAGCACACAGUUAACCCUUUGAACACCCCUCAUGUUAACCCAGUCCUGCCCAGUGCCAUUAGUACAGUGUCAGUGCUUUUCUUUAGCACUGAUCACUGUAUUGGUGUCACUGGGGAUGUCAGUGACACCAAGUCAGUUCCCCCCAGUGUCAGAAUGCCCGCUGCAGUCCCACAGUACCGCUGAUCGCCGUCAUUACUAGUGAUAAUAAUAAAAAAAAAAUACCAGUAUUGUAUACCCCCAUUUGUAAAUGCUAUAACUUUCACGUAAACCAAUUAAUUUA